GAGUGUGUUAGUCUCCUCACCGCGCUGUUUCACACACAUACACACACGCACACGGGAGAGUGUCAUGUGGAGCACCAGGAUGAUUGUGUGUGUGGUGUGUGUGUGUUGGUGGAUGUGUGUGAAGGUGUGUGAGGGUGGAGGCUUGGUGGAUGCAGUGAGUGAGCGGCGGGCGCAGGUCAGUCACCAGAGAGACAGCGCCAACCUGCUGACCGCCGCCGUGCUUCUGAGUCUCACCAUCCUGACGGUGUGGAGCUUCAAACACAGGAGAAUCAUCUUUCUGCACGAGACCGGACUCGCCAUGAUCUAUGGAUUGUUAGUGGGCGUGGUUUUGCGUUAUGGUGUCCAUACUGAGCAGGAUGUCAGUAAUGUUACAGAUGUGUGUGUGAUGGAGUCCAGCCCCGUCUCUCUGGUGGUAAAUGUGAGCGGACGGUUUUAUGAAUACACACUGAGGGGAGAGGUUAACGAGGGAGACCACACCUCCAACACCGAGAUCCUCCGAAAGGCCACUUUUGACCCAGAGGUGUUUUUUAACAUUUUACUGCCGCCCAUCAUUUUUCACGCGGGUUACAGCCUCAAACGGAAACACUUCUUCAGAAAUCUGGGCUCCAUCUUGUCCUAUGCUUUUGUUGGCACUCUGGUUUCUUCUUUUGUCAUUGGGUUGGUGAUGUUUGGCUGUGUGGUGGUGAUGAGUAAACUCGGUCAGCUCGCUGGUGAUUUCUUCUUCACUGACUGUUUGUUCUUUGGAGCGAUCGUCUCAGCCACAGACCCUGUUACAGUUCUGGCUAUCUUCAAUGAGCUGAAGGUGGAUGUAGACCUUUACGCACUGCUGUUUGGAGAAAGUGUGCUGAACGAUGCUGUGGCCAUCGUCCUCUCAUCUUCCAUUGUAGCGUAUCAGCCGUCUGGACAGGACAGUCACUCGUUUGACGGUGGGGCCAUGUUGACGUCUCUUGGUGUGUUUCUCGGUGUGUUUAGUGGCUCCUUUGUGCUCGGCUCUGCUGCAGGAGUCUUGACUGCUCUGCUGACAAAAUUCACUCGGCUGAGUGAUUUCCCGCUGUUAGAGACGGCUCUGUUCUUCCUCAUGUCCUGGAGCACCUUCCUACUGGCUGAGGCCUGUGGCAUCACCGGUGUGGUUAGUGUGCUCUUCUGUGGUAUCACUCAAGCUCACUACACCUACAACAACCUCUCUACAGAGUCCAAAAAACGCACAAAAGAGUUGUUCGAGCUGUUGAAUUUUCUGGCUGAGAAUUUUAUUUUCUCCUACAUGGGUGUGACUCUGUUCUCCUUCCAGCAUCACGUCUUCAACAUUGUCUUCAUCACUGGUGCCUUUUUGGCGAUAUUUCUGGGAAGAAUUGCGAAUAUUUAUCCUCUUUCCUUCCUGCUCAAUCUGGGCCGAGCGAAUCCCAUCAGCUCCCGCUUCCAGCACGUCAUGAUGUUUGCAGGGCUGCGAGGGGCCAUGACCUUUGCCCUUUCAAUUCGGGACACAAGCACCUAUGCGAGGAAGAUGAUGUUCUCCACUAUACUCAUCAUUGUCUUCCUCACGGUGUGGGUGUGUGGGGGCGGGACCACGCCCAUGCUCACCUUAAUGAACAUCAGAGUUGGUGUUGAUGAAGAUCAGGAGAACUUGGUGGAGGAUUGUGCGAGUGGCCGUGACUCUGCGUGGCCUUUCAGACUGUGGUACAAAUUUGACCACAAUUAUCUGAAGCCUCUCCUCACACACACUGAUCGCCCGCUCACACACUCCUGCUGCACUCCACUGGCACACUGCUCCACCAUUCAGCACAGUCAGCAGGAGGAGGAUGAUGAUGAUGAUGAUUCAGAGCUGAUCCUCAGUAACAGAUCCAGCCUCCUGUACAGUGAACUCCGUGACCUCAGUGACCUUAGUGACAUCAGUGACAUCAGUGACCUCAGUGUCCCCUCCAUCCCAUCCAAUCAGGACGCUACUCGUUUACACCCUGAUCAUCCUGCUGAGUCCCGGACCCCUUCGCUCCCUUCUUCCUCCUCUUCCUCCCCCAUCCUCUUGCAGUCAGAGCCGCUCCGAUACAGACUCUAGCACCGUAUUAUCGUAGUGUGUCAGAUGUCACAGUGCACUUGUCCAACAGCGCUAAGUAGUGCACAUACACACCACAAUCUCACUAUUUCCCUAGUGGACAUAUAGGACACUGGAAAAGAUGUGUCUUGUGUAGUGCACUCUGUUAAUCUGUUAAGUGAGUUUUUGGGGUUUCUGCACACUGUUCAAUAUGGUGUGCAAGUUCCUGUGCCCUAAGUAGUGCACAGUGUGUUUGCCAAGGAGACAUCCAAAUGGGAUACAGCUCCUUACUGCUUAUGUUAGUGGUAGGUGCUGCCAUUUUUUAUUCAGUAAAAGUAAUACAUAUUGCACUAAGUAGGGUGUGAAAAUGUGUGUGUGUGUGUGUGUGGGCAUAAGAGAGAGAUUUUCUAUUAUUACACUUUAAGUUACAUGAAAUACACAGAACUGCUUAUUUGUUAUUGCUGUGAUUCUCAGUGAUGUCACUUCCUGUAUUCAUGUAACUGACUGUAUUAAUUUAUUUGAAUCUGUUUCAGGUAUGUGUAAAAUGUGUCUGGAUUAAAAGACAAUUAUAUUCUGGGGCUGUGUC